AUGAAACAUUUUAUUUUGACAUUCACAUGUAUAUGGCUAAGCCUAAGUGCUACAAAAUGUUUGUCUCAAGUGCAGCCACAGCCACCACAGGGACAACAAGUACCAUGUUUCUUCAUAUUUGGUGACUCAUUGGUUGAUAAUGGAAACAACAAUGCGAUACUAACACUUGCUAGGGCUAAUUAUAGACCUUAUGGAAUCGACUUCCCACUUGGCGCCACCGGUCGCUUCACCAAUGGUCGAACUUAUGUCGAUGCAUUAGCUCAACUUUUGGGUUUUCGAACAUAUAUUCCUCCAUAUUCAAGAGCAAGGGGUUUGGAAGUUCUAAGAGGAGCCAAUUAUGCAUCUGGAGCAGCAGGCAUCAGAGAGGAGACAGGAAGUAACUUGGGAGCUCAUACAUCAUUGAGUGAACAAAUAACUAACUUUGGAAAUACAGUGCAACAAAUGAGAAGGUUCUUUAGAGGAGACAAUGCUUCACUUAAUAGCUACCUAAACAAAUGCAUUUACUAUUCAGGAAUGGGAAGCAAUGAUUAUUUGAAUAAUUAUUUUAUGACUGAUUUUUAUUCAACUAGCUCUCAAUAUACACCUCAAGCUUUUGCAUCUGUUCUUCUUCAAGAUUAUACUCGCCAGCUUACUCAAUUACAUUCAUUAGGGGCAAGAAAAGUGAUUGUUACAGCAAUUGGUCAAAUUGGGUGCAUACCCUAUGAAUUAGCACGUUUUAAUGGUAACAACACCAGAUGCAAUGAAAAGAUCAACAGUGCAAUCUUGUAUUUUAACUCAGGUGUUAAGAAGUUAGUUCAGAAUUUCAAUGAAGGACAGCUUCCAGGAGCAAAGUUUGUGUUUUUGGAUUUUUAUCAAAGCAGCCAAGAUUUAUCUUCUAAUGGAAAACAAUUUGGAUUUGAUGUUGUAGACAAAGGAUGCUGUGGUGUUGGUAGAAACAAUGGACAAAUCACUUGCCUUCCAUUGCAACAACCAUGUCAAGAUCGUGAAAAGUACUUGUUUUGGGAUGCUUUCCACCCUACUGAAUUGGCCAAUAUUUUAUUAGCUAAGGCAUCUUACACUUCACAAUCAUACACUAAUCCAAUUAAUAUUCAACAAUUGGCAAUGCUUUAGAACUGCAAUUUGUUUUUCAUACUACCUCGGUUCUUUUUAUAAGAAAUAAUUGGAUUGAUUAUAUUUAAUUAUAUUUCAUUUUAAAAAGUAUGAGAGUAAGUAUUGUUUAUUUGUGUCUAUGAUGUUGUCUAAUAUGAUGUCAUUGUGUUGUAAUAAUAAUACAAUAAAGAUGCUUGAGUUUAACUCUAAUCAUUUAUGAAUAAAAUCAACAUUUUCGAUUUUA